AUGGCAUCUCUGCUUGUAUCAUUAUGUCUCCGCGAAAUAUUCAAAUACUUUUGCGUAUCAGAAGGAGAAAAAUGCAAUAAAAACGAAAUCAAUUAUAACAGACGCCAACUUUAUCAUUUUGCAUUAGUGAACCGUCAUUGGUGUGAUACAGCAAUUCCAUUAUUAUGGGGAGGACCGUUUCCUUCGACCUCAGUAAAAGCUGACGCAGUAUUUAUUUCGACGUUAUUAAAUUGCUUUGAUACUAAUGGACAAGAAUCAAGACCAUUAUUUCAAUAUAAUCUUUUUAUUAAACAAUUAUCUUUGAAAUCUUUGUCAAAUGCAAUUAUUAAUUGGUCAAAAUCAGAGCAUUAUUCCAAUCAACCAGAAGCGCGAAAAAAUGCAGCACCAGAAAGUCUCCUUAAAAAAUUUAAAUCGAUUCGCUUUAAUCGGUCAAAUUCAAAACGCUAUCACAAUCAACAAAAUAAUAAGACACCGGAAAAUCUCCUUGAAACAUUUAAAGCUAUGCUUCAUAAUUUUAUUGAUAGUACAGAAAAUACUUUCUUUGAAAUCGAACUUGAUGAAAUCGGUAUCGAUAUGAAAGUUUCAGGCGACUAUUAUAACUUCAAUUAUAAUAUAUUCCAAAUACCGAAUUCCAAAGUAUCGUUAGAACAAUUACAUUCUUUAAAACUCUCCUUUACUGAUAGCACAGAACUUCUUGAAUCAGCAUCAAAAACUUGCCCUAAUCUUUCUAUGCUUGAAAUGAUUUUUUAUCUAACAAUGUCUUCAGAAUCUCGUCAAAUAUUAUCACACAUUAGCUCUUUUGCAAAGUUAAAAUCUCUAAGCAUCAACUGUAUUAAUCCAAUCGAUGUUUCUUUCUACGAACAACAUAAUGGCGACCAGCUUAUUGACGAACUUGGUAAAAUUUUACCCAAAAGAUUGGAAACUCUUUUAAUUAAAGGAUAUUUAAAUUUUUCGGUAGAUUCUUUUAAAUCGUUUUUUCAUGGUGCAAAAGGAAUACAUUUCAAAUCUUUAGAAUUCCCUUACACAUAUCUUUCAGACGAGCUUUUAGAAAUCAUUUUGGAAGUCAUAAAUGAUUCUAGUUUGGAUGUUGGAAUUCAACAAAUUGGAGCUGAUUUAACAAGUAAACAGAUGAAGAAAUUCAAAGAUCACGGAAUCGCAUUAAAGAACGAUAAAGCUAAAUUUUAUCCAGAAGGUACAAGUUAA